UAGAGUUUCCCCUCCAUACCUCCUGUGUUAUUAAUAAAUACAAAGUGAUCCUGUGUUUUCCUGGAGACAUACGGAGAGCAAAGAACUACUUAGCACUAAAGAACAAACUCCACUCAAAGGUUUUGAAACACUGGGGCUGGCAUCUCCAAAACAUUUGUCAUGAGCAGAAAACAGCAAGUGGAGGAUGGCAGCAACACAACAUCCACUGAGGAAUUACACAAUGAGGAUAUUUCAAAACAUGAUGUACACAUUGACUCUGAAACAGCCCUGUGUGAAACUACACUGCUCAACACACUAAAGAUGAACCAGAUGGGCAUGAAAGCUCUGGGGGAACUUUUUGAGUACUGGAUUCAGCAAGUGUUGGGUCUGGAGAGGCAGAGGGACGAGCUGAUCCAGGAGCUUCUCGCUCUGAACGAACCUAUGCUGCAGGUUGUGGAGCACCUCAGAGAAAAGCUGAUGGCGGCAAGGAGGCUCCUCACUCUGGCUCAGCUGGAUUAUGUCUCCAUGCACAAGGAAGUGGAGCAGGUGAAGAGGAAACUGUUCAUCGCAGCCAGAGACUGUAUCCAGAGUCAGGUGACGCUGGCUGGACAGGAGUACGAAGUGGCUCAGUCUGGUCUGACACAGGAGGAACUGAAGGCCAGUCUCCAUGAUCUGUCCCAUGAGUUGCACCAGCUGCAGGAUGACCACCAGAACCAGCUCACCUCCCUCAGAGAUCAAGCCUCUAGACCGCGCCGGUCAAGGACCAUGAGUGAUGUCAGUCAGUGUCGGCAGGCUUCCAUCAGGCUGCAGCGGAGGCUCAGCGGCAGCGUAACGGCACUGGAGGGCUGGUACGAGCCACGCAUGGUAGCCCUGCUGAGGAGAAGGCAGGCUGGGGAGGAAGCUCUGAGAAACUGCAAGGAGCAGGCGAUGGACCUGAGAGCCAGCCUGGCUCCUCUGAGAGAAGACAUUCGGAGGCUGGAGGUGCAGAGAUCCUGUCUGCUGAAACGGAUCAAUCUUAUGGAGAUAGAGAGGGAGGAGAGGACAGCACAUCACAAGGAAAUAGUGGAAGAACUACAAGAGACACUCAGAGAACUAAAAUUGGAGUUUGAGAUUCAAAAAACCUUCAGGACUGAUUUGGAGCAGCUCACAGAGGGCCUGAAAACAGAGCUCACAUUUUUAAGAGGAAACGAUGAACUGCAUAACAUUUCUGAAGAGGAAGAACAGUUAUCCAUUUCCAGAGGCUGAAAGCAGAUCAAACCCCAGAGCAGCUUAAAAGUUUACAUCAUGGUCUUGCAGACCAUGUUACUUUAAGGAUGCAUUUGAACCUUCCUGUGGACUGAUCUACAAGAAACAAUUUCAGUGGCUUUUAAAAGCAAAAACUGCUUCCACAACUUUGAACUUAAGCUGUUGCAGAUUUUCUCCAAUAUAAGCAGUCAGAAUUUUACCAGAUUAUGCUUCUCAGAAUUAGACAAGUUGUAGUUUGAAGUUUGUAUUUUUAACUUCAACACCAUGAAAAUUUAUUAAAAAACGAACACUAGUUUUUAUUAAAUUUUCUUUUGCAGCAGAAAAGAAAAUUUUGUGCUGCAAAAAUGCUGCAGUUUCUGCAUUAUGCUGACAGAAACUG